AUGAGCAAGGAGGGUUCGCCACAGAUGGCGAAGGCAGCGCCGGUUCUGAGCUCAUUCGCGUCGCUGUUCAUGCACGCAGACACGGUGGACGUGGCGCUGAUGGCGCUGGGCCUGGUGGGCGCCAUCGGCGACGGCAUGUCGAUGCCGGUGAUGCUAACUAUCAUGAGCCACGUCUACAACGAUAUAUGCAGGCAGCGGCCCUGA